ACUACGCUUCUGAAUAUCAUCCUAUUUCACUCCGUUUACUUUCUUUUCUUUUUCCGGUAUAGAUAUAUUCAUUACCUUUCUGUGCUACCUGGUUUGGGCAAACCUUUAGUAUGGCCGUGAUUUGGGGUCUGGAUCUCCACGAGAUCCAAUUCUACAAGUUCAAGGGGAGUCAUAUGUUCAGCCGUGUCUAUCACCUACGACGCACAAGGAUGAUUGUCUACCAACUGGCCAUGAUCCUCUGUGUAUGCUCUGAGUCGGUGGGGACAGCAGCCUUAUCAGACUACCUCGACCAACAAAGCUACAUCCAGGGGCAGCACCCUGGGGUCAAAGUCCACAAUAACAGCUUCAUCGGUGCAGCAUCGUACAAUAUAUUCGUGGGGAUCUCCGUGGCCACGAUCUUCGGCGCGGCGUUCUUUUUCGACCUCUUCUGGCCCGACAGAUACGAGAGUCCAUCCGUCCGAUUAGCGUGGAAAAUAUGCGCGGUGGUCGUGUCGAUAAUGAUGCUGAGUUCUGCUCUUCUCAUGACGGUCGUCACUGCCAUGUACAGUGCGCGUAUUACUGGCACAGACGCCACCUCCGCGAAAAAGUUCUGGUCGGAGGCCGAGAAGAAACCCGCUCUGGCAUACAGAACCAAUCCCAAGGCAGUUGCCUCGGCUGUUCUCGCGUGGCCCGGCUGGGUCGCGACUACUGCUAGUACCGUUGUCCUUUUCAUGUCCAAAAAGCAUGAUGAUCAGUACGGUGCCAAAUCUAAAUAUGGUCGAAGCCUGGAGAAUGGGGGGAAUACCCCGGAACUGGAAGUCAAGCCGAUUACAAUGUAAUGAUCGCUUUAUGUAGAAUAUAUCUUAGAUUGAAUGUAUAUAGAUUGUAUAUAUACUCCUAAUAAAUGCGGUG